AAUAUUUACCGAAAAAUGAACCUGAAAUGUCCCGGGGGUUGAGUUUAAGAUGAGAAAUGCAGCCUGGUGUUUGCAGCCUCUGAUCGUCUUUACAUCUCUUUCUACAGCGGAGGAGCCUGACGGAGCAGGUCUGAGCUUCAGCAACCAGCAUGGAACAGGAAGUGGUAAUGGCCAAGACGGAGCAAGAAGACCCCGCCAGCAGUGAAGGGGAGGCCGACGUGGUGAAUAAAACUCCGAUCAAAAGGGGGAGAGGGAGGCCGAAAAGCUCCAAGAAUGCAGUAGACCCGAUUCAGGAUUCAAACAACACGCCUCAACCCAAGGAGUCUGGAGAGGAAAACGCAGAGGCCUCGGUUACAGCGCGCAAGGGCAGAGGGAGGCAGAAAGGCUCCACGAAACAGAAAAAGAGCGACAGCACAGAACAAUCUCCAAAGAAAAGAGGACGGCCACAGGGGUCUGGCAAGAAACCCGCCGCUGAAGGCUUAGUGAACGGCGGCGCAAGUCCGCGCAAAAGAGGGCGCCCGAAAGCCCCCUUAAAGCGCAAGUCUGACGCAGACGAAGGCAGCUCCGUAACUCCUCGGAAAAGAGGCCGACCGAAAGGAUCUCCCAAUAAGAAAUCGAGGGUGGAGUGGGAGCACAGUGACUGGGAUUCGGAAUCGCACACAGCCGAGAAAUCACUGAAUACGUCAACGAGUCGACCCAGGAAGCCGGUGGUGAAGUACAGCGGUGGCGUUCCCAGAACCGCCUCAAAGAAAUCCCACAGAGGAAGAGGAAGACCGAGGAAGAACUUGGACGACUCCCAGCCGGUGAAGAGAGGAAGAGGUCGACCAAAAGGCUCUACGAAGAAUAAUCCGUCUCCAUUCAAAGCGCGUAGGAAGCAGGGAAGACCACGGAAGUACCCUCUGCCUUCUGCGGAGGAGCUGAAGAAGCCCAAAGUGUGGAAACCCCUGGGACGACCGCGGAAAUACCCCCGAGUCGAGGAGGAAGCGUCAACGACGCCUCGCAGAGGCCGCGGUCGGCCGCGCAAGUCCAAGAAAGGCGCUCACUUACGAAAGAGCCAAACGUCUCCUUCCUCCCCGCCGAGGAAAAGAGGCCGCCCGGCGGCCAACCCGAGCAGAGACGACGGCGCCCCCCGGAAGAAGCGGGGCCGCCCGAAAGGCUCCAGCAGAGGAGACGCGCAGUUCAACGACUCCAAGGCAGCUAGCGAAGGCGGACAGGAGCAGGUGGAGGCGGAGUCGAUACGCGGGGAGGAACCCGGAGAAACUGUCCUGGCUCAGGACGUUAAGUACGACAUCAGCGGACAGGCUUGAUGUUCGGCCCGGUCUGACCACGACGUGGGCGGUAGUCGUUGCAUUGAGUCAUAGAUCAUGUGUUUUAACCUUUUGUCCGUUCGCUAGGCUUAGGCAUUCAGCAGCGUCUCCAUGUUUACUUCUAAUGUCGUCAUCUCUUUUAUUGGGCCUUUACUAUUAUUAUUGUUUUAAAGAAGUUAUUUCUGUCAUUUGAGUGAGAAGUGGACAGGUUGUUCUCAUACCAAUCUGGAUUUUGUUGUCUGAAACUUAUUCGGUUUCCUUUGUGGUCCUGCUGAUUCAAAUGUUGACUGAUUCUGAUGCAUUUCACUCCAAAAAAAAAAACACACAAAAAAAUCCCCCAAUUUUUUAUCAAGUAUUUUUGAUCUAGUUUUUAGUUUUGAAACAACACAAAUAUAGUUUCUUUUCAGCAAGAUAGGAGCUUGUUUAUGUAAAUAAUUCCUUAAUAUUGAUUAAAAUAAUAUUUCCACUGGCACUUAUAACAAUAUAUAUUUUUUCCAAUAUUAUGAGUGAAUCAAUAUUAAGACAUUAUUCACUAAACAAUCUUACAUAUUGCUAAAAUGUUAAGACAUAGAGUUUAUUGUCAUUCAAUUGUAUGUUUAAAAACGUACAAAUUGAAAGAAAUUCAUUGCAAGGCUCCAAUAAAUAAGUGAUAAUAAAAGUAUUAAUGUAAAUAUAUAUAAUAAAAGGUUAAACUAAUGGGAGUUUAGAAGUCUUAUGAAGAAUGAAUCUGGAUUUGAAGCUUUUAUGCAGCAGGGAGAACAAACCAUUUCAUAAUGGACCGAACUCUGAACAGACGGCGACUCUGAGGGAUGGAAGGACGAUGAAUCCUCUCCUCUCUCCACACGUUGCCAGUCUGAGGCGUUCGAUGCUCCAAACCAGACAGAGACGCUGCUGGUCAGCCUCUCUCCAUCGUCCCUCUGCAGGAAGUGGUGAGGACGGCAGCGGGAAGGUUCGCUCUUCCCAUCCGGGCCCGUAACCAAUUCUGCUGAGCGAUUAAUUGUCUGAAAAAAU